AUGACGACUCGAAAUUCUAAAUUCCCGGUUGAGCUUGUUCGGCCUACACGUUCUUGUCAAGAAAUCAGGACUGGGAUCAACUGACUCGGAAGUGGACAGUUCACUUGCGGCCUUAUCGAAUGAUACUGGCACUAAGAUUUCAAUUAGCGAUUAUGAAGGGACGCGGGAUGCGAAACUUAUGAUUGUGGGUACCCUCAACAAAAUUGCUAUUGCCGUAGUUGAUGAUAGGCUUCUCAACAUGAUUCCCGAUGAGUACGAAAUUGAUUGUUUUUCGCCUGAUCGAAUUGUUGUUUUUGUUAUUCCGGAGGAAAAUUUUGAACAUAUAUCGGAAUCGAUUGGAAUAAUUACACAAAACGAUAGGUCGUCAAAGAAAAUCGUAAAAGUUGGACUGCCUGUUGACGCAAACAACGAAACGAUUAUUUCAAUUGUCACUAAAUAUGCGGUCGAUAUGGAAACCAGAGGUCAUUUGCUAGUUUCUCGUGUGCCAACGCCUGAGAUGAAGCUUCUUGAUACCUGGGACAGUUGCACAGCAUUGCCUCGCCCACAAUUGUCAAAUGAAGUACUGGCAUCUCACUGGCGGUCCUAUAUCAAGACACUUGAUGUUGCCGCGAGGCUUGAAGAGUAUGGAAAAGCUCUUGCAUAUUUUCCUCAUCCUAUGCUGCUCGUGGAUGCCGUGAAACUUGAGAAUGAUCCUUCAGUGAAACUUGAAACGUUGAAAAGAGACCUGUUCAUGCCUGAAAUGAGAGGCAAGUUUACACUGAUCAAGGAAAUCCGCAAAUGGACAAACAACGCCCCAACAAUCCGUGACAUACUUCAAGGCGCAAAAAAUCAAUUUCCGAACGACGAAGACAUCUGUCGUGCCAGCACAAUAUACGAAGAGCACUUAAAAAAUGCAGAUGGUGCUCAUCAAGCUGUGAAAACGUUUAUGGUUGUAAAUCCGACGUACACUGGAAAAAAUCUUAUUGAAUUGGCCGCUAGACUGUAUUCGGAUGGGUCAAGAAGUGGAUAUUCGGAUCCACUGGAUCAAGCGAAAGGAACUCAUCCAAUUACUCAAGGAAACGUGCACAUUCUUCUUCGAACAAUCCAACACCGAGUCAUCAGUAAUACGAAGGCGACGAGCAAAGACGAGUGA